GGAUUCUCGUGUCCCCCUUCACCGUGGUAUGCGAGGCGUACUCGACGCGGCCGAUCAGUCUUUAUUGACAGUUACCAUGUCAAUAGUCAUAUACAUUACAACUUCAGAUCUUUGGUCUCUGUGGGAACGCAGCAAUUUUUUGGAACGAGCGUGAACAGACUAGUUCAUCAUUUGCAAGCGAGCACUAUAUUCUGUAAUGAACGUCAUAUGAUAUCAUUGAAUAAAUUCUUCUAUCCCACCUUUGAAAUCGACUGGUGUCGCACAAGAAUACGAAACGUGACUCUGCAACGAAUAAUCACUACAAGACCGGAGGCGCGUCGUGAUCUUAACACAAUAACCAAGCACACCCAAGAAGCUAAAAGAUUACUCUCAGAAGCGGGAACAACCUUCGAGGGAUACACGUUCUGGGAGAGUGUAGUUGUCUUUCCGCUGAUCGCGGUGCUAUGCAUCGUGCUCAUCCUUGUCCUGAGCAUCAUAUUUUUUGGUCGAAGAGAGGGUCAACAGUGGAGAGAUUAUAAAACUGCAAAAGAGCAACUAGAAGAAUACGUAAGUGUGCGACAGAGUCAACGGCACUUGCGGGAGCUUUCUGUACAGCGGCAGUUGCUGCUCAUGACUCGCAGUCGUCACCAAUCUUCACGAUGUGGUAUUCACUCAUUUCUACAGCCAAAAAACAAAAGCUUGCGAAGAAGAAACAACACGUCUGAAUGGCUCACUAAAUGUAACAGCAAAUUUGAUGAAAAUAACGUAGGGAAGCAAACGGUAGCGGAAGCUGCUCUACAGUGUGGAAGCUCUCUUCAUUUAUAUCGGAAUCCUCUGGAAAGUGAAAUAGAGGAAGAGAAUGAGAACGAUAGCCUCAUUGAGAAAAUUUGA